UAAAACAAAAUCUCAACCUGUCAGGAAUGUCCAACAUGAAGGACAGACAUCUAUUCCCUUCACCAGUACUUCCUUUGCCUCCGUGAAUUGAUCUGGAAGGAAAUUAAAGCUCAGGUUAAGUUGAGCCUCAGCUCUCUGAGGAGAAUCAGAAUCGGGGAACAUGGCCCCCCACUACCUCCUCUCACUGCAUCACAUUGAAUUGCAGCGUCCUGCCAUUAUAGGGCCUCUUUUGAGACUCAGCCAUUUCAUAUGCAGAUCCUGCGGAUGGGAUUUCUUUUGAUUCACCUCUCCAUGUCAAGAACACACAUACACACACGCUUACAUACACACAUGCACACAAGGGCUGUUCAGGUGUAAUUGCCUUUCAGGUGUAAUUGCUGCAGGCUUUUCUUGUUUGUGGAAGCACCUGUGUGGGGAUCAAAGCAUUUGAUGUUUGUUGUCAGCUUUGUUUCAAGUGGGUGUCCUCACAGCACACACAUCCUCACGUAAUUACCUCUCUAGAAAUUUCUGUGGCUGCAGUGAUAGAAGAAGCGACAGUAUUAUGCAUCUUCUAGGCACAUAGUGCCAUUUUACAGCAUAAUCAAGUUACUAUGUUAUCUUCAUUUUUUAUUAAAAUUGUAUAUCUACUAAAUAUGACCUAAAAGAAAUAUGACUUGGUAAUUCAACACCUUACAUUGGGCCUCCGUCGCUUUAAAAACUGCUUUUUCUGAAACUCCACCAUCACAACAUGGCUCCUCUAUUAACCAUUUAAUAACAUUUUUACUGUUGCUCUGAGAAGUAGCUCUUAUAAUGAGCUCAGCUGAUAUUCAGUUCACCAGGUGUUGGCUAAUUUCUACUGGCUAGUUUGGGGGAGUUGGGAAUUUGCAGAGGGCUGUCAAUCAUGCCCGUGUGCAUGCUGUUCACUCGUCCCCUUGCUCUCUGUUAUGCUACAGCUUCUCCCGGUCAGCAGAGCCUGUUGUGAAUGCUAAUGCUAGUUAGCAUGGCCAUCUUUCACAGCAGAUAUAAACAGUUUUCCUGUAAAGAUAAGUUAUUUAUCUACCAUUAGCACAUUGAACAGUGUCUGCAUAACGUUGAUUGACAGCACUUGAAUCUUGCCCCUGGCUCUGAUUGGUUGUUUUUGGAUGGAGAGGUGCAUUUCUCCAGACAUUUCUUCAGCUUAAUUUUUUUUUCACAGAUCUGCCUCAAGAAAUUUUCUUCCUGUUUUUUCAUGUUGGCUUUGUUGUUGCCUCUAUUAACCCAUUAAGCUUUAGUCUUAAUUGGUUUUGAUUCUGGUAAAACAAAGUCAGAUAAAAAUUAUUUAAAAAAAACAACAACAAAAAAAACACGUGAUGUAAACUUUGCACUGCCUCAUUGCUGAAAUGUGCCAUUCAAAUAAACUGACUUGUAUUUGAUCAUGACAGCAGAAUAACACUUCAGAUCAGAUGACAUCCGUUGACCAAGUCAGUCGAUAGAACAAUAAAAUCUGUAAAGAUAAAUUAUAUAAACAGCAAAGGCAGGCGUCUGCCUGUCUCCAUGAGAUUAAAGGAACAAUGAACAUAAGGAACCACUGGCUAUGUAACGUCAGGCAUUUACAAAUAUCUAAUAAAACUGGAAAUGAGCUUAAAAAGUAAAUAUUUGAGUUCGGAUAUGAUUUUUUUCCCUGCUGUUUAUAAAGCUUUAAAUGACACUGUCUAAAGCAGAAUAAAAUAACCUGUAAUAUAACAUAUGAAAGAUUUUCACCUUUACUAACAGUAAAGACUGAAUGAAAAAGUCCAGACCUUAUACAACUGAAUCAAUGUGACAUUUAUGAAACAUUACACAUCUAAAACGUGAUGCGUGGAUAAUUAUGAUUAAAGGGGAGGGGUUGCAGAGCGAGGGGCGUUUAAGGACAUAAAUACAGCCUGGAGCAGAAGACUGGUUCAUCAGACAUCGCUGCGUUUUAUUUAAAACAUCGCUGAGAACCUGAGCAGAAACAUUUUCUCCCUGACUAAAACAUGGAGAACUGGAAGAUCCAGCUCGUUGUCGUGACUUUUUGUGUGCUGGUGCAAACUUCCAAAGGAUCGGCAAGUGGCGUCGAAGACGAGAGAAGGCUGUCCAGACACUGGCAGUAUGAGCCUGCUGUGGACAGCAGCCCUAUAGACAGCUUGAUGAAAAGAUCCAAAGCUCUUCGCUUCUACGGCCUGAUGGGAAAAAGAGCAGUGACGAAGAAACCGUUUCAAGUGAAGAGGCGAAACAUGGGGGUUGCAUUUAUGGAUCUGAUGGGGCAAAGAGUUUCCAGUGGAGAGUCUGUGAGCGGAGUGAAUCCUUCUGCAGCAACCAGAGAGACCCGGCAUCCACAGGGACCGUCCCAGCAGGGUUCCCUAAAGGAAUGGAUGCAAUUCUUGUACUAAUCAGACAUAUGGGGGAAAAAGAAAAACAUCUAUACAACGUUUACACCAAC